AUGAUUCCGCCCGUUCACCUCUACAGCCGAGCGGCAAAAGCGGACCCGCGUCGCGUCGCCUGCUCCGCAUUGUCUGAAAUUAAUUUUCCUGUUCCUGCCGAUGGGUGCAUCUUUUAUGAGAUAGUGGAACGAAAGUGGUGGAAAAAAAGUGGGGGGAGGGGAAAUCCUCCGCCGCCAUUAAGGUGCAAAUUAAAUUUGUACGUGUGCCCGGUCGGAAGGAGAGAUGAGCGAGUAACUGAGACCCGACCUCAUUGCUACGAUCCAACCGCUAGACAACUGUCUUCAAUUAAACGCGGGGACUCCCCGAAAAGUGAGCGGCAGAUAGCGAAAGCUUACGCCGAGUGGCAGUUGUUGGUUCGCACGGGGAAACAGCAAAAUAAUGAAAGUAGUCGUGAUUUGAGUAUCGUGACUGAUACGACCGAAGCGAGUCCGGAAAGCUAUGACCGAAUCACUUGUAGUACUUCCGAUGACAACAACUUGGAAAUGGCUAACAACCUGAACAGUGAGGAAACAGAACCGUUCCAGGUUUCAGGAAGAAGGCUCGUAGAAAUAGCCGAUGGGUUAGUUUACAAUUCUGUAAACCCAACAAGCUCCGUACAAGAUCCGGAGUGCAGAUUGGAGUCGGCUCUCGAAAAGAAAUCACAUUUGUUCGGUGGAAGUCUAAAACCGAUAGCGAGGGAGCCGCGGGCGCUGCGAUCCGUUCAGAAAUUAAAACGUUUCCUAUAUAGC